AUGAGAGCCGCCCGUUUAAUAAUGCUAAUGACUAAGAAUAAGUCCCUCAUUGUUUCCGACAGCCCAGGUGAGGGGGGUAACAAUGGGGCACGAACCCCCCAGCUGCAUGAGGAACACAAUGCCCCGAUACCUGGCUCGGAGGCCGAUAAUAGUACAAUGACUGGAAGAAUCCAGAGGUAUUCACCGAGAACGGGCCUAACGCACCGUAAAGGAUAUAGAGAAAGGAGCGUGUCUAUUUGGCGCCUAGAGGAAGCUUCCCGCGCAUUCCAUCGAGAAAAAGGGAAGAAGACUCGCUCGCUCCGUCUCAGGAGUUAUGACGAGAUUCCAGCAUCCUCUUUGGACUAA